AUGCUUUAUCCACUCAGGUCUACGCCGCCACCUGACCAGGAGUUUGGACAUAGUGCGAAGCAGUCACCAGCCGAGGCACAGCGCCCUAUGUACUGCAAAUUAGGACUCUCUGAGACCAUCCAUGCCCUAGUGGCUGACAAUGAGGUGCACAAUGCUAAGGCCGUGGGGAUGGUGUGGCUAAGUUUGAGUGCCGAUACGGUACGUGAACUCAUCGAACGACUCAAUAAAGGGACACCUGUUGCCAUGGUGAUGGAGCUUUAUCUGCUCGGACCUUACAAAUUCUCAGCAACUAAUCCCAACAGGACGGUACUAGACUCGGUUAAUCAGAACUUUCCUUCCAAGUUACAAAUACGGUUACAAGCAUCCAAUUUGCGAUCGAAAUUAGACCAAGCUGCCGUGGCGGGUGGUACUACACUGCCCAUUCUGCAGUAUGACGUCAUGACCAAAAAUACCACAGAAAAAGACCGGCGCAGUCUGGUACCAUUAGUGGGCUCAGCGGAAUGGAGACAGUGGCAGGCGUACUUUGGCACCACUAGUGGGUAG